GGGGCAACAUACACGCCAGGGCAGGGGCCGGUGGGGAGAGGGAGGCUGGGAGACGGGGCAGGAGGCAGAGGAGGUUGGAAAAGACAGGACUAGUGUUUAUCAUGGGGAGACCAGGCUGGCCUGUAAGGAGAGGCGUGGUUGUUCGGCUCCCAGGCUGCCCAGCACAGCCCCAGACGGGGAGAUGGACACUGGGGUUCAGUCCCUGUCUCAGCCCCAUUUGCUCUGUGAUGUUGGGCCAGGCUCGCCCUCUCUGGACCUUGAUUUCCUCUUAUGGGAUAGAGAGGGGUGGGAAUGGCACACCCAUCCCUUCCUCAUAGGCAGAAGGGGGUCAGUGUGGAGGUACAGGGUGCCCUGCAGAGGGCAAUGCAGGAUUAGCAAAUCGUGCAUUUCGUGGCAUCAGAUGGUCGCCUGGUGGGCUCGGCACAGGCUGUUGGGGCUGGCGUUUGUGAGCCUGGAGCCGGGGCCUCCCUGGCCAGUCUGCAGGAAGAGGGAGGGAGAUUUUCCGCCUGCUCUUGGGGAUGUGUAAGGGUUGGGGGACAGGUGGUGAGGAACCAUCUCCCAGGCCCACGGGAUUGAAGAGGGGAGGCUCUGUGUCUCCUUGAGGGCCUGACUCCUUGAGGGUGACCCAGAAUGUUCCCCAAGCCCCACCCAUGUUCUUUCUUGAAUUACCUGUGUUCUGGUUCUGUCUCCACCCUUGAGCUGGGUGACCUUGGGCAAGUAACUGGACCUCUCUGAGCCUCAAUGGAAAGUCCCAUAAUGCCUAGGAUUCUUGGAAGGAUUAAGUGAGAUGGCGUCUGGUGAAUGCCUGGUGAGGAGCAGGCACUCAGAGCAUGGCUGCCUCCCCGCAGCCACCUCUUCUUUCUCUUCCUCUCUCCUUCUUUGGGUCCCGCCUAAGCACGUGUACCGCGUGCUGCAGUGCCAGGAGGAGGAGCUCACGCAGAUGGUCUCCACCAUGUCUGACGGCUGGCGCUUUGAGCAGCUGGUGAACAUCGGCUCCUCCUACAACUACGGCAGCGAGGACCAGGCAGAGUUCCUGUGUGUGGUGUCCAAGGAGCUCCACAGCUCCCCGAAUGGGCUGAGCUCAGAAUCCAGCCGCAAAACCAAGCCCAGUCAUCUCAGGAUCCCGCUAACCUUUUCUCCCUCCCACCACUGCCUCCUCCUCCGCUUCCCGCUGGAGGUCCUGCCUCAUCUUCAUCCACCUCUUCUUCCUCCUGGAUCUCAUCUGCACCCUGCCUCUUCCCUCUCUGCCCCUGUCCGGGUUUUCUCUCUGCCUGCUCACGCCUCCAUCCCGGGUCUGCCCUGGUCCCAGCCUCCCGUGCCCUCCACCCAGGCCCCCUGGCCCUGCAUCCCAGAGCGUCCUGCCUGCCGCCUCCUGCGCCCCUUCUGGUACCUCCUGCCUCCCAGCCCGGGGAGGAGGGGCGCAGCUGCACCUCCUCUGUGCCCACCAACCCUGCCGGGCACCACUGAGGCUGGGCCCCGGCCGCAGGCCCUGCCCCGCCUCCUCUCCUCCCGGCCUCCUCCUCACGUUUCCUCCUUGCAGGUUCCCGUCCGCACUCUCUCAGACCUGAGGCUGAGCUUGCAGUGAGGGCUUCUCCUCGGCCCCUCGCCCGCCCCCAGAGCUGCCAUCCCUGCUGUUACAAGCCAGAGGCACCCGGAUGUGAGGCCCCAGAUCACCUCCAGGGACUUGGGGUUCCCAUCUGAAAUCCUUUAUUUUUGUACCAUGGGGUGGGCCCCGGGCCUGAGAAGGAAGAAGCCUCCUCUGUCUGCACCUGUGGGGCUGUGACUUACCCCUGCCUCCAGGGCCGGGGCGGGGCGGGGGCCCCCGGGACCUCUCAAGGCCCAAGGUGGGCCCCAGGAUCUCUGGGCAGAGCCGACUGCUCAUGGCGGACGUGCGGCAAUGUCUGGCUGUGUCUCUCCAGCCCCCGCGUCCCCUUUCCCGGGCUCCCCUGCUGCAUGGCGGAUGCACUCCUUCCUGGCCCAGUCACAUCGCCUCCUUGAGCCUUAGUCCAGGGGGUAACUCCUCCCACCCCACCUACCUCACAGGGUUGUUGUGAGGGUGCACAGAGGAGCAAGGUCCCUGAAGGCCCUCGGGCAGUAUAUAGGGGCCGCCCACCUUCAGCUGCCCUGGGAUGGGAAGGACCCAGCCCAACCCCUGGGCGUAACACUGUGUUUGCAAAUGGAGAUUCAGGUAUUGGGGAUGCAGGUUGUGGGGAGCUGGCCUGUCAGAGUAGGGGUAGGUGGCUUGGCCUUCACCUUGGUGAUCCCAUCCCCAGCCAUUUGCAUUGCUGGCCCAGCGCCUGGCCUGGGGGGCGGGGAGAGGCAGCAGAAGGGGCUGGGCAGGGGCGGUGGAGGACUCAGGAACUGCCCCGGGAGAGUGGGUGUGGCGGCUGAGCCAGCGGCCGUCCUGUGUUUGAAUUCCUGGGAUGGGUCCUUGCUUCUCGGCUAUGUCGGACCCCACCGUGUAAUAAAACCCGAAGGAACAGCCCA